AUCACAUUGUGCAUUUAUUAGGCAACACUCAUUGUAGCAACGUACUAUUUUUAUUAUACGCGUAAAAAUUAUAGUUCGUAACUGGUUUUUAACUGGAAACGGUAACUGAUGCAUGAACUACGUAUUUAGUAAUUAAAAAAAUACAUAAAAAAAUGUAUGUAUUCUUGCGAUUUUUUGCUUAGAUGCCCUCAGAAAAUGCGUAUAUUACUCAACUGAAAGAAAAAAAAUUAUAGAUCCCGAUUGUUCGUUCAGUUACAUUUCCCAAGAAAUCUCAGAAUCCAAACAAAUCGAACAGAUGCUUCCGAUCCGCUGAUUUGCUCAUUCCUCCAUUUUAUUUUAAAUUUGUUUAUUUAAUUUAUUUUUGGUGAAUCUGUGAAAUGGAAGGUCGCCGGAGGCUAACGCUUCUCGAUCAGAUGUCAGCAAGUAGCAACGGCAGAGACUUAGCCGGAUUGAGCCUACACGACGUGUUGCUGGCCCCUGCAGCCGUCAAACAGCCCCCUCCACCGCCCGCACUUCCCGCCAUAAUCUCGGGUCGGACCCUACUCGAUAUAAUCCGCGACGAGGAGCCCAAGUCCUACCGGGCCCUGAUUGGCAAGAAGGAUAAGAAAGCCUGGAAGUCGUUCAAAGACCGCCUCCUACUCAAACGCGCCGGCUCCGCCUGGACCUCCUCCGUCCGUGUCCCCACCUCUGAUCUCCCUAUCCGGAAUACUGCUAACUACGGUUCCAAUCACAACCACCACCCGCGAUCUCGCAACUCGCGUCGCAGCUCGGUCCGUUACGUCACUCCGGAGUGCGAUCUCGAUAUGACUCAGCAGGUCGAGAGGCAGAUUUCGCGGCGGGGCUCCACCCGGUUCAGCCCCAACCCCUCGAUUCCGUCCGACGAGGUGGAUAUGAACAACCCCCACGCCUCCAUGUUCUCGCGCCAGGGCUCUGUGCGGUUCACGGCCGACGAGGUCGCGGCGGACUCUCCAAGACGGCGAUUGUCGGCGGCGCUGGACGAGGAGAGAUCACUGUCGGCGAGGGAAGCUGUGGCGGCGCAAGAGGCUUCCGAAGCUGCGGCGGCGGCAUUGGCUGCGGAAGAAGAGACGGGAAAUGACGUGCCGUCGGGAGAGACGGGUGCGGCGGAGCCGGUGAGGAUGUCGUUGAUGGACUUAUUGGAGGAGACGGACAGGCAGAUGGGGGUGGAGUCGAGGUACACGAUGGACGAGGAUGAGGAGGUGUACGAGGAAGAAGAGGAGGAGGAGGUGGAGGUGGCGGCGGAAGAAGGGAAUGUGGAGUAUAACUGCUGCGUGUGCAUGGUUAGGCAUAAAGGCGCGGCGUUUAUCCCCUGCGGGCAUACGUUCUGCAGGAUGUGCUCCCGAGAGCUGUGGGUCCAGCGGGGCAAUUGCCCCCUCUGCAACAAUUUCAUCUUGGAAAUUCUCGAUAUUUUCUGAACCAGAAAAAAGUAAAAGUAAAAGAAAAGUCACUGCAAGUUUCAACUUUUAAUUGGAGUUUUUUGAGGAAGCCUUUUUUAUUUUUUUAUUUAUUCUUCGUUUUUGUAUUGCCCUCCUAAUUAGUUUCGGAUUUCUGUAAAAACGAAUGAAUGCUUUCUGUCGCGAUGGUUGAUGGUUGCAA